UGUCUGGACAUCACCUUGCUCUCCUAUCAAAUAGUACUACAUUUCUCUUCUAGUCCUCUACACUCCUCUGCUCGCAAGCCACAACUUAAAAAACUUCCACCAGUACUGCUCUGCUUCAUCCAUGGCCUCCCCCGCUUCUUUCAGUGCUAGCAACUUCUUGCUCUCAUUGGCAUUAGCUAGUCACUUGGCUAGCAUCGCCUUCGCCGGUAGCUUCUACCAGGACGUUGACAUCACUUGGGGUGACGGUCGUGCCAAAAUUCUCAACAAUGGCAGGCUCUUGACACUGUCGCUUGACAGGUCCUCGGGUUCAGGCUUCCAAUCCAAGAAGGAGUAUUUGUACGGGAAGAUCGAUAUGCAACUCAAGUUUGUCCCAGGAAACUCUGCCGGAACUGUCACCGCCCACUAUCUAUCGUCGCAAGGGGGAGCACAUGAUGAGAUUGACUUCGAGUUCCUCGGCAAUCUCAGUGGAGAUCCUUACAUAGUCCAUACAAAUGUAUACACCCAAGGGAAAGGGAACAGGGAGAUGCAGUUCUACCUCUGGUUUGAUCCCACCAAGGACUUCCAUACCUACUCUGUCCUCUGGAAUCCUAGACAUAUUGUCUUUUAUGUGGAUGGGACACCCAUUAGAGAGUUCAAGAACAGAGAGUCGGCAGGCGUGCCGUACCCGAAGAACCAACCGAUGAAGGUCUACUCGAGCCUGUGGAAUGCUGAUGACUGGGCCACGAGAGGCGGGCUUGUGAAGGCCGAUUGGUCCAAGGCGCCUUUCACCGCAUCAUUUAGGAACUUCAAUGCUAAUGGAUGUGUGUGGUCUUCUGGUACCUCCUCCUGCUCUUCGGCUAGCAACCCAUGGAUGUGGCAAGAGCUUGAUUCCCCCAGUUUGGAAAGACUGAGAUGGGUGCAGAAGAACUAUAUGAUUUAUAACUACUGCACUGAUGUGAAGAGGUUCACGCAGGGCCUUCCUCCUGAAUGCACUAUGAGUUAGAAGAAGACACUGUAAUCAUUGAACGUAAAUUGAUUCUGUGUAUGCUGUAUAUUUUCCUUUAUAUUGUUUUUCCUUUUAUUUUUCUGGGUGACUUUACUUGUGUACAUUUUGAAUAAAUUUGCUGUAAUAUAGUGAUUUCUUUUCUG